ACAAAAAUAAGCAUUUAAAGAAGAAACUGCGAAAAACAUGGAUGUAUUUGGCGGGUUGUGUUUGCGCGCGCGCGCUCUGGAAACGACUCAACGAGGGCGCGCCUAUAUAGUAGGGCUCAUGUGAUACAAAUCUUAAUUUCAUCGCAAUGCUAACAGGCCGUGAAAGCCUCACAAGACUGAUAGGCAGACGCCGCCGGUUUCUCCCUAAUCGCAACUACAUUCUCUCCUCACCCGCCGCUCAGGGUUUCUUGAGUGAGAGCAAGAGAGGCGAUGGUUCUGAAUCUGAGCAGCAUCAACAGCAAAGCGGUGGGAAUGGAAAUGAAAGUGGGAAUAGUGGCACGGAAUGGGUUAAUUGCCCGGUUUGUGGAGCUAGAGUUCUUGGCGAUGAUCACGUUAUCAAUUUGCAUUUAGAUAAGUGUCUUGCCAGAGGAACAAAGCGCAAGUUGAGCCAACGUACCCUCCUUCAAUUGAACUUUUGCUCAAAAGAUAAAUAUCAGGCUAACAGUUCAGAUUGUACAGAGACAACCAGUGUUCAAAAUAGAGACCAUAGUAGUGUUUGUGAUACCAUUCCUAGGCUGGGUGACUUAGAUGAUCUUGAAAAUCGUGACCAAGCUCUAUGCAAGCUAGAGAGCAGUACUCCUUGCAACACUGCUUUUGAGUCGGCUAAAUUAUAUGAUUUUACAAGAUGCAUUGAUGAAUCACCUUCCUCGGACACCAAGACUCUAGCAGGUUGUACAGAAAAUCAAAUGAAUGAUGACAAGAUCAAUGGCAACUAUAGUUAUCCUUCGUUGCUUUCAGAACAUGAGACGUGUAUGCAUGAUAUGGUUGAGUCUGCAAAUGGUGAUGACUUAUCCGAACUUUCUCUUGAUACCUACAUAGUUGGCCGUAGGUUUGUUGAAGAAACAGAGUUAGAACUUGGGGCAAGCAUACUGCUGUCAAGAGACCCUGAUAAUGACAAGGAUCCAAAUGCAAUUAAGGUGCUUUCUACAGAUUCUGGAUAUGAUCAGCCAGUUGGUUUUCUUCCCCGUGAAAUAGCUCUUUACCUAUCUCCUUUGAUUGAAAAGUUUGACUUGAGAUUUGAGGGCCACAUAACUUCUGUUCCAAAACAUCCUCGUGCUGUGGUCCCAAUUCAAAUAACUUGUCCAUGCAAUAAAUCUUUUGGUGAAAUAGAUUGCAAUGAUGUUCAAUUUCUCAAGUCCUCCUGGAAAAAUGCUCUAUGUGUUGCUCAAUAUGCAAGGGCUCAUCCUCCUGGUAGUGCAAAAUAUCAGCAUAACCUCCAGGUUUUGCUAACAGAAGUCCUAAAGAAUAAUCAUCACCUUUUUAUGGAUGAGGAGAAGACUUUUUUGGAAAACUUCUUAUCACUUUCAGAUGAUAGUCAAAGGCUUUUUGCUCGUCUUUAUACACGAAAAGGGCCAUGGUUUCGGAUGUCUAACAUAUCAUAUGCGGAAAUAUCUGAUUGUGAUGAUGCACUAAGGGGACUUUCUGCCGGAGGUUAUGUUACCUCAUUUGAAUCAAUGAGUGAACCCACUGAUAUCAAGGAGAUCUUGAAUGUUCUUAAUGUUGGUGAUCUACGUGACCUCUUGCAUAUGGUUAAUAAGCAGUGUGCUCAAACAAAUAGGAAGAGUUCCAAAAGUUUUGGUCAUGGUACAAGAAAGCAGGAUUAUAUUGCUUUCCUUCUUUCUUCAUAUAAAGAUGGUUUAUGCCCAGAUCUCCUGAGGCUGGUUUUAUUGAAAAUUGGAACAUGUAUUAAGAUAUCUCCAUUAGCUGAGUCUCUCUUUUGGCGUGCAGAGAGGCUCUUUUUCCUGAAUGGAGAACAGGAUCUAUCAUCAUUUUUACUUGUUGACUUUGGUAUUGUGAAGUAUCCCGCUUACAACUGUAUACUCACAAACCAAAUUUUUCCAAACAGAAGUCAACUGCUUUCUUACGAAAUGGCCAUUGAGGUUGCCCAAAUUAUGGACGAAUGUCUUGAUGACAAUAAUACUGAGAUGGUGUUAAAAUGUAUAGAAGUUUCCGCCUCUCAAAUUUCAAGCUCUUUAAAGGAAGAGGAGCUAUCAAGUUCAGGAGUGAUGGCUGCAUAUUUGUCUUGCUUCACAGCUGUGUUUGUCUACUCUAAGGUGGUCUUGUUAGGCACUUCUUUUCUUGAGCAUGAGAGGAGGUACAAUGAUGCAAUCAUUUUGCUCAGGAAACUGCUAGAUAGCUUCAGAAAUGAUAGAAGAAGGGGAUAUUGGACUCUCAGGCUUUCAAUUGAUCUGGAGCAUGUUGGAUGUCUUGAUGAGAGCCUUCAAGUUGCUGAAGAUGGUCUACUGGAUCCAUGGGUCCGUGCUGGCUCAAAAUUGGCCCUGCAGCGGCGGGUUCUAAGAUUGGGUAAGCCCCCUAGGCGCUGGAAAACACCAAGCUAUUCGAAAUCUCUAAAAAGGAAGAUUGCUGAGGUCCACGUUCAAGGCAGACCACUGAACUGCAAGAUGGGGGUGAAGAGUAUAUUUUAUGGUGAAGAUGGUGAACAGUGUGGGGUAGAACAACUUGCUCUCCAAUAUUAUGCUGGAGAGGGAGGUGGCUGGCAGGGUGUUCAUACAGAAAGUGGCAUUUGGUUAACCCUUUUUGGGCUUCUAAUGUGGGAUGUCAUCUUUGCUGAUAUUCCAAAUGUCUUUUGCACUAAGUUUCAGACAGCACCAUUGGAUUUGGAAACUGAUAGCUUCUAUGAGGUCAGAAAGAGCCAGAUAGAAGCACUCUUAGAUAAGAUUCAGCACGGCAUGGCAGAAGAGAUACUUAUCACUUCAUGGGAAUUACAUAAAGGGACAGCCUGCAGGGGAGUCAGCUGGGACAGGCAUUCUCUAUCCGAACUAAGAGCAGCUGUUGCAUGCAUUGGAGGCUCUUGCACUGCAUCAAUCUGCCGACAUCUAGCUCAAGAUUAUCGGAGUUGGUCUAGUGGAAUGCCCGACUUAUUACUGUGGCGCUUCCAUGACAAUUACAGAGGUGAAGCAAAACUCGUUGAAGUGAAAGGCCCAAGAGAUAGACUUUCAGAACAACAGCGUGCUUGGUUACUAUUUUUGACGGACUGUGGCUUCAAUGUUGAGGUCUGCAAAGUAAGUGAGGCUGCAGUAUAGCUAAACAGAUGCUGCUUGCCACACCCCUUUGAAUACAUAUAUUGUUUACUCGGACAAACAAAUAGUUUGAAUUGUUGUGUUGUACUAAAGAUAAAUGAUUUUGAGAACAGUUUUCACAAAUUAUAUAUAAAAUGAGUAUUUAUUUUCGA